AUGUCCAGCAAAGAAGAGAAACGCGCACGCAAAGCCGCAAAGGCUGCUGCGGAACAAGUGCCAGAAACCCAGCCCGAUACCACUACGGCCAGCACUACAGACUCGACAACACGGUCAAAACGCAAGGCAUCCGUCGAAGAACUCGAGGUCGAUCUCGCCGCGCCUGAGCCCCCUUCGAAAAGAGCCAAGCGUGCGCUCAAAAAGGGAAAGUCUGCGACCGCGCCCAAGAAACGAGACGACGACCGCGAUCUUACCAAGGACGAUCUCGAGGACGACGCGCCUAAGGAGCAGCCACGGGGCGAGCACGGUGUCUGGAUUGGCAACCUGCGUUUCACCGUCACACCACAGGAGCUCAAACAAUGGCUGGUGGAGAAUUCGGGCGGUGUCAUUACUGAGGAGGGUAUCACCAGAGUGAAGCUGCCUAUGAACAAGGACAAGGGCGAUGGCUACGGUGCACGGAACAAGGGCUUUGCGUAUGUCGAUUUUGCAGACCUUGGCCAAAAGGUGGCCGCUAUCGCGCUGUCGGAGACCGAGUGGAUAGGGCGGAAACUCCUGAUCAAAGAUUCGACAUCCUACGAAGGGCGGCCGGCGAAGCCAGCUGAGGGCGCAGAAGAGCUACAAGACCAGGGUGACGCAUUCAAGAAAGUGGCUGAAGCCAGCCGAAAGAUCUUUGUCGGCAACAUGAGUUUCCAGACCACCGAAGAGGACGUGUACCGUCAAUUUGAGAAGUGCGGCGAGAUCGAGUUCGUCAAGGUGGCUCAGUUCGAGGACAGUGGAAAGUGUAAAGGGUACGGCUGGGUCAAGUUCAAGGAACCUGAAGCGGCCGCGUGGGCGGUCAAGGGUUUCGUCAAGCUCCGGGAACCCAUCGAGACGGAAGAGGACUUCAACGAGGACUCGGGGGAUGAGGAGGAGAGGGAGAGCAAGAGGAAGUAUAAGACCACAAAGUGGUGGGUGAACCGCAUGUUGGGCCGCGAGCUGAAGCUGGAGCUGGCGGAGGAUGAUGCUUCAAGAUAUAAGAAGCGGUUCGGCAAGGACGCGCCAAAGGACGGCGAUGGCAAGACUGUGCAGCCCAAGAGAGAAAAUGGUCCUGGGAGGGCACAUCGGAAGGACGCCGUGGGUGGGAAGCCCAUGCGCGAGGCUCAGGACAUUGACGUGGCUCGCUUGACGGGUGCGGUUGUCAAGUCGACAGGAACAAAGGACAUAUCUGGCCAAGCUAAGGUGAAUCUUUCAAUUCAUAGUGCUACCAAUUACAAGGCCCUGUCCGCCGUGGAUACCACUGAAGUGACAUUCAGUACCUCAUACACCCCGUUCAUCCUUCAACCCGACCUUCCCGCGAAUGUGGACAGGCGAGAAUGGCUCCUCCACCACAAGUAUAUGGAUAAUUCCUUGGCGCUGGCUGCUUUUGAGGAGCGCAUGAGGACACUUUUCAACAGCGAGGGUGUGGACGUUCACUACGAAGGCAUGACGGGUGACACGACGCCAGCCCAUCGUGUCAUUCAGACGAUGCAACGCGAUCGGGGCAGCGAGACUGCGGGCAAGAUUGUCGGCAGUCUCUACAAGAGAUACUGGACCCUGGGACAGCAUCCUGGUGAAGAAGACACCAUACUUGGCGCCUGCAUGGAUGCAGGUGUUCCAGAGCAAGACGCUCGGGGGGUUAUCCGCGACCCGUCAAUGGGGGAGCCCGAGCUAAAGCGCACAUUGCAGCAGGUAGCUCGUGAUAUCGAGGCAGUCCCCGUGGUUAUAGUUGAAGGAAAAAGGAGGGAUUUGACAUUGACUGGCGCCAAGGAAGUGAAGGACUACGUGAAGGCAUUGGAGCAGAUCAUCAAGGAAAGCCAGUGA